GGAGCGCAAAAACAAGAAACUGCGAAGAAACGUUCGUUGCACUUUCCACAGGCCAUCAGCAUUCUUUCCUAAAAAAUCAGUUAUACUGAACUUGGUCGGUUUAAUUCAAUGGUUUGGUGAAACAACGAACACGAAAAACCUUUAUCUUAUUUUACUAAAGUGCCUUAAUUACGAGUAUGUCGCAGCUAAAUAAAGAAAACCGAAAGUUAUUUUUGCAGCCCCAAGUAAACGGCAAACCUCUGACAGGCCCGAGUGCAGUAACGGUUGGGAACGUGCCUUCCCGAUCGCUGAAACCAGUUAAUCCUUCCUCUGCUGGUGGCUCGGCUGCAGUUGAAUCCAAAUCUCGGGGCGUAUUCAAAUUACCACCACCUCCAAAUAACGCACCAAAAAAGGAACCCCCGCAGCUUGUUACAAAACCGCAGAUUAUUGUAACUCAACCUAAAGAUGAUCCGCAGUUCAAAGUACCGUCAGCACCACCAGUGACAGGAAAGAAUAACUGCAAACCAGAUUUGUCUAAAAUCCCAAGCUCGCAACAAAGCUCUGCGGGAACCACAUCGGCACAACCGCAACAGCAGCAGCAAUCCGGCACCAGCAGUGCUGUGGUGUCGAACAAGGAGAAGAAGAGCUGGACACUCAGUAACUUUGAUAUAGGAAAACCAUUGGGAAGAGGAAAGUUUGGUAAUGUUUAUCUGGCUCGUGAGAAGGAAACCAAAUAUGUGAUCGCACUGAAAGUGCUCUUCAAAAAAGAAGUCCACGCUCAGGGAAUUGAACAUCAGGUGCGGCGUGAAAUUGAGAUCCAAUCUCAUCUGCGGCACUCGAACAUUCUCCGUAUGUACGGAUACUUCCACGAUGAAACCAGAAUUUAUCUCAUUCUGGAAUAUGCACCGGGAGGAACGCUGUUCAGCAAAUUACAAACACAGCCCGGUAAUAAAUUCCCUGAAGAGCAGUGUGCAAUCUACGUUAAUAUGUUGGUAUCGGCUCUGAUAUACCUGCACGAGCGGAACGUCAUUCACAGAGACAUCAAACCGGAGAAUCUACUAUUGGGUCACGGAGGAGAGCUAAAAAUAGCCGAUUUUGGAUGGUCGGUUCAUGAGCCAACUUCAACCAGAACUACACUCUGUGGAACUUUGGACUAUCUCUCACCGGAAAUGGUGCAGGGACUGCCUCACACGAAAAACGUCGAUCUGUGGAGUCUGGGUGUGUUGGCAUAUGAGUUGCUCGUGGGUCGGGCUCCGUUCCAUGCCACCAGCUAUGAUGAAACGUACAACAAAAUAAUGAAGGCACGCUACGUGGUCCCUCCAGAGAUGUCCCGCCCGGCAGCACAUUUGAUUUCGCGACUGUUAGUUAGACAACCGGAGCAGCGCCUACCAUUGGAGCAUGUUGCAAAACAUCCCUGGAUUGCGCUGCACGUCGGGUCGAAAUAGAAAAGUGAGAGGCGUGUUAAUCUGUAGUAUUUUAUGAUCUUUCAUUGCCAUUUGAAGUUGUGCUGUUAGUGACUGUGACAUUCUUCUUUUCAUACUGAUAAACGAAUUCUUUCGAGAGAAGUGACUUAUGAGUGAGUACUCUAAUCUAUUUUCGAGCGUUAAAUAAUGUAAUAAAUACGAUACAAACGAGA